UUGCUACGGUUACCCUGCAAAGAUAUUGCCAUUCUCUCUCUCCUCUUUAUCUUCAAAUUCUCCAUCUUUUCUCCGUUUCGAAGGACAAAGAUUUAUCCUUUCUUCGUUCGUUCGUUCGAUCUUGAGAAAAGAGGGGAUGUUCGAGGCGCAGGGGUUCGUGGAUUUGGGGGGCGAGGGCCACCACCCGGGCCUGGCGGUGGGAGGAGAUCCGAAGCAUCUCUGGCUUUCCGGGGACGCCAACUCCGCCGCCUCGUCCCCGACCCGCCUCCCGGGCGGCGGCGGCGGCGGCGGCGGCGCCAGCAAUGUCGACCGCGUCCUCUUCAACGACCUCGUCGAAAUCGUCCCUCUCGUCCAGUCCCUCAUCGAUCGGAAACCGAGCAGUUCUUUCACACGGCGGGGAUCCAUGGUAUACACUAAGACGCCUUCCAGAGAAUCGCUGUCCAGAAAAGUAAAUGAACCAAAAGUCAGAAAUGCGGCUCAGUCCAUCCCUGCUAAGAAGAGAAGGGAUACUGUUGAUAAAGAACAAGGUAAGAAUGGCAGUGGCAACAACCAAGAUGCUGACAACUUCUCAAUUUACUCCUCAAGAGGUUUGGAAGCAGAAAGAGAAGAGUUGGUGCUCUUAAGAGCACAAGUGGAAGAUCUUCAAAGAAAAUUAUUGGAGAAAGAAGAACUUCUCAAGUUGGCAGAAGUUUCCAAGAACCAGAUGAAUUCUGUCCAUGCACAAGUUGAAGAGUUGAAGCAUGAGGCUUCACAAAAAGAUUCUUUUAUCAAGUCAAUCCAGAUACAGCUUUCUGAUGCAAAGAUUAAACUUGCAGAUAAGCAAGCUGCACUAGAAAAGACGCAAUGGGAAGCAAUGACAUCUGACAAAAGAGUAGCAAAGCUCCAAGAGGAGCUUGAUGCCAUUCAGGGUGAUGUUUCAUUAAUCAUGUCACUUUUUGAGGGCUUGACAGAGAACGAUGCAACUCUAUAUAGUGGAGAUACUGAUAUCACACCAUGCUGUGCAGAUGAUAUUCCUUGGAUGGAAGAUUUGGAUGCCACUAAGAUGCAGAAAAUGGAAGAAGCAAGAGAAGCUUACAUCCUUGCUGUGGCCACUGCAAAGGAAAAGCAAGACGAAGAAUCCUUGGCCCUUGCAGCCAAAGCAAGGUCGUAUCUGCAGUCAUUUGUUUUUAGAACUGACGAUAUCUGUGAUGACGAAUUCGAAUGCGGAUGGGAACAUGCUUAACACUGAGAUUUGGCUUUCUUUAUUUUUUCUUCUUCGGGAAAGUAUCUCCGGGGCUGUCUGUUUGUGUUGGCUGUAUGCUUAUUGAUGCUAUGUACAUGUUGAUCAAUCCCUCAUUGUAAAACUCCACUGGGUCUGAUGUAAUGUUAUGUUACUCGUUUGUGUUAUUGAGAGUUGAAUUCCUGGAGCACAAGAUUGCAAGCAAGAUAUGCGAGAUAGUCACUGACAGACAAAAGAGUCGAUUUCUAUAUGGAGGCACUGGUCUUUUUCCCUUGAACACGAGAUUGUGAGCAAAAUGUAACUUUCUUGCCCUGUACCUUAUUUGUCUCGUGAUCAAGGAUAUUUGAGAUUUUUUGCUUAUGUGAGUUUUUUCAA